GAGAGGAAACUACGGAGAGACGCCCCCCGGCUGCUCGCUCGGUCGGGAGCAGGGAGAUGAGAGGGAGGGCAGCUCCCCGUGUGUCUGAGAACCCGCUCCUCUCUGACGCUCCACAGGGUUUUAUGAAUCAACAGCAGAGCUAUGGUCAAGAAAAGGCAUGUUGCACACAGCAUGGGGGUAGCAAGUACACAGAGUACUACAGAGGAAAGCAUGUUUGUAUUGGGGGCGAUACCGUUCUCAUAGCCGUAAUCGACAGACCCUGUUAUUGCUCAAUAACAUCUUUUAUUUCAGCAGAUAUUGACAAUUCUUCAACGUGUGAUCUCUUAAUCCUUGCACGCCAUAUGUAAUGUUGCACACUGUCUCAGUGGGCUCAGUUGUUAGUCUCUAGUUGUUGCAAUGUUCAAGUCCACACAUUAACACUUUGAAAUCUUUGGUUGAAAACAAACCAGAAUAUUAAACAGAGAGAGGACAAUGUAUAUCAAACAAUGUCUGUAUUCCCCAAGAAAGCGUUUUAUUUAAUUAAAGCAAGUGACAGCAGAACAUGAGACCAAUGAAUCUGGGUAAUCCCUGAUGUCCUCGAUGCUUCCUUCAAACCAGCAGUGUCUGCGGCUGGGCUGAAUCAAACGCCGCUGUGUGAGCGCACAGUGGAAGACUCCCUGUCGCUGUGUGGGCCGCUGUCUGCUCCUUUAAGCCAUUCACCGGCAGACUUUAGACACUGACCUGUGGUGUGUAGGAGGUGAGACCUUGAGACACGGCUCUGUUUCCCUCUCUGGAGGAGGUUUCCGUUGUUGCCUACAAACAAGGCGUUGUCUGCAGGUAUCUGACACCUGUUUCCAAGGCUGCAGGGAUUAGUGCCUUCUCAGGGAACACUAUUUAAGAUCCUGAGCGUCGGUGAUGAUUCGGAGAUGACGGGCUGUCUGGGGAGACGCACACUACACAAGAGCUCUCUGAGCGAGCCGAGGAUGCAGCUGGUUGUCAUGGCAGCAGUGCUGGCGAUGACGUGGGCCGACCAGCCAUGCAGCUUCACCUGCCGCCCGACCCCGACCACCAUUGCCGUGAAGAGCUGCGUCAGAACCGAGUCCAUCAACACCACCAUGUGUGAGGGCCAGUGCUACCAGGAGGUGAGCACAGCACCCAGGCUCAACCCUCAGCCCCAUCCACACACGUGUGUGUGCUGGCCCACAACUAUUCAAGGUAAGGAUUCUAAACAAAGAAGGAGGCCUCAUCUAAUGAGCUUUGGUCGGCAGGACCCGAUGGACCCCGGGGAGCGCCCCCAGCAGUACACCUGCAGCGGGGACUGGGCCUACGAGGUGAAGCACUUCGAGGGCUGUCUGGAGGGCGUCCUCUACCCCGUGGCACGCAGCUGCAAGUGUUCCCUGUGUCAGAGCAGCAACACCGACUGUGAACGAGUUCUCUGGGAUGUCUGUUAGCUGUUAACCCCCCCCCCCCCCCCCCUCUGUGUAUCGUACCCAGUCAGCGCUACAAUAUUCAGUGAACAAUAAAAACGCCUUCACAUA